UCAAAGGAUGGCUGCUGAAGUUUUAAAAUAUCUCAGAGUGGGCGCGGUUAGAGUAAAGGGAGGUAACUUGUUUCAUUCUAUAGAGACAGAAAUUACAUUGUUGAUAACUAUGUUACUAGGGAGUUGUGGUAGUGUUGAACAAAAUAAAGACAAUGUGUGACUGUUGACAGCUUUACAGCUAUCUAUAAUGUGAAAAGAAAAAGAAGACGUAUGUGUGAACCAAAUAUUUUUCACUGCCGUUCCAUAUCCGUGCCUUAAAGAUGAAUGAAGAUAUAAAUGUGGAUUCCGAUCUUUGUGAUCGCUUCCGAUACCAAAAUCGUCAACUCGACAACUUAACGGCAAACGAGUACCUCGCAUUCAAGAAAAAUUACGAAGAAAAUUUUAAAGAGCAACACCCAGUUGAUGGUGCUGAAGAUGGCUAUAAACUUUCAACCGAUGGAGAAAUAUAUGAACACAAAAAAUACGCACAGAACGACGUGACUACUUCCACUGAUAUAUCAUCGGAAUAUUUUGCUAAAGAAAAUGGCAAUGUGACCAACAAGACAAAAAAUGAAAUCUCCCCACAAAAGCCACAAGAAAAUGAAAUAUCGCCUCUUCCCUACAAUCGAAGACUGUUUACAUCCUGUUUGUCUUUAUUGACUUUAAUAUCUUUAUUAUCUCGUCUUUACAAGAUAGAGGAACCACCUCAUGUUUGUUGGGACGAAACUCAUUUCGGUAAAAUGGCCAGCUGGUAUAUUCAGAGAACGUUUUUCUUUGAUGUACACCCACCUUUAGGUAAGAUGCUCAUUGCUUUCUCUGGUUUGCUCACCGGUUACGAUGGUAAUUUUCCUUUUGCUAAACCAGGUGACGAGUAUGAAGACACACAAUAUGUUGGCAUGAGAAUUUUCUGUGCUCUCCUCGGGACUGCUAUAAUCCCAAUCAGUUUCUUAAUUGUUUGGGAACUUACGAAAUCCAUUAUAGCAUCAUUUCUAGCAGGUCUUAUAAUUCUGGCUGACACUGGAAUCCUCACGUUAUCCCGGCACAUUUUACUGGAUCCCAUACUCUUGUUUUUUAUUAUGAUGUCUACAUAUAGUAUUCUUAAAUUUGUAUCACUGCGACAGAAGUCUUUUACAUUAGAAUGGUGGUUCUGGUUAUCUACCACAGGGAUGUUCCUUGCAUUUUCCAUUGGGGUCAAAUUCGUUGGAUUAUUUGUUAUUUUACUUGCGGGCUACACAACUGCCAAAGAUUUAUGGGACAUUCUUGGCGACACAUCCAUACCGCUCUUUUUAUUCCUCCGUCACUUCAUCGCUCGAUCACUGUGUUUAAUCAUUUUACCAAUAUUUAUCUACAUGCUUAUAUUUUGUGUACAUUUUAAAAUUCUUCAUAAAAGUGGCAAUGGAGAUGGUUUCUACAGUUCUGCAUUUCAAUCUCAGCUUAUUGGCAAUAAACUUUACAAUGUCAGCAUGCCAGAGAAUGUAGCCUAUGGAAGUGUAAUUUCUCUGAAACAAAAGAGAGCUGGUGGUGCUUACUUGCAUUCCCAUCACCACCUUUAUCCAGAGGAACAUCCUCCUCGACAGCAACAAGUUACUACCUACAGCCACAAAGAUGAGAAUAACUUGUGGAAAAUUAAAUAUCCAGAUAGAGAAGCACCAUUUUCAACAUCACCUCAGAUUCUGAAAAAUGGAGAUCUGAUUCGGCUGGAACAUGUAAUAACUCGUCGGAACCUACACAGUCACCAAGAAGUAGCUCCCAUUACACAGAGACAUUAUCAAGUGACAGGUUAUGGUCAGGAUGGUGUAGGCGAUGGUAAUGAUAUGUGGAUUGUUGAAAUUGUUGGAGUAUCUGAUAGGAAUUCUGUACAGACUGUACGCAGUAAAGUCCGUUUAAUACAUUACUAUAUGCGAUGUGCUCUUCAGUCCCAUGAUAUGAGAUUGCCGAAAUGGGGCUGGGAACAGCUUGAAGUCACUUGCAACCCUAAUAUCAAAGAUCCCAAAACUUUGUGGAGUGUAGAAGAAGUGUGGGAUUCACGGUUGCCUAAUGUUAGUUUUGAGGUAUACUCUCCUAAUUUCCUAGAGAAAUUUAUUGAGAGCCAUGUUGUUAUGACUCAAGGCAACAGUGGCCUAAAACCAAGUGAAGGUGAACUGACGUCCAGACCCUGGCAGUGGCCCAUUGACUACAGAGGGCAAACAUUUUCUGGUAAAGAUCAUCGAAUAUAUUUAUUAGGUAAUCCAGUGGUUUUCUGGGGAAAUAUUGCUGUCUUUGUGCUAUUUCUCAUCAUUUAUAUUGUAUAUGUAAUCCGGCACCAGCGAGAUCCCACAUAUCAGGAGAAAUUAAUUAGUUUUAACCAGAGGACAUUUAAUUCCUGUUGGUGGUUGAUUCUUGGUUGGGCCUUACAUUAUUUUCCAUUCUGGGGUAUGAGUCGUGUUCUAUAUUUCCAUCAUUAUUUCCCAGCAUUCCUAUUCAAUGCCAUGUUCACUGCUAUCAUGCUUGAUUAUCUCAUCACACAUUUUACCAUAAGUUUCCCUGAACAUUUAGCAACAACUUUCUACCACUGGUCACUAGGAUUGGUAAUUUCAUGCCUUGGAUUCAGCUUCUAUUUAUUUGCCCCACUUGCUUAUGGUAUGUCUGGUCCAGAGGCUGCUGAUGAAUCAAGUAAAAUGCAUAAGUUAAAAUGGCUGAAUUCCUGGGAAAUCUAAUACAUACAGAGAUGUCUAGCUGUUAUUUCCUUAUGCAAACUACUGAGCUUUCUGAAUACCUUAAUUUAAGACCAUUAUAUUCAAUUACUUCAUUAGUUUUGUAAUUCCAUUUCUAUUACACACAUGUGCUGAACAAAUUACUAAUUAUGUUAAGUUCCUUCAACAUAAAAUGUUCUUCCUUAGUGGAUAUAUUUAACUUAGUAUGCUCUUAGAAAUUUACACUUGUAUGGCUUUAACAAUUUUUCAACAAAAUUUAUAAUUUCUAAUUCUAAUUUGGCAGCAAUACUUUUUAUCUUAAGCAUACAAAAUAUUGUAAUUUUUUGAUAAUUUAUUCUUUCAUUUAUUUCUUUAAUUUACUCAACCAAUUUUUUUAAUUACCUAAAUGUAUUUUCACCAAUUGUUUUAUUGUACACACACACACACACAUCCAUCCAUGUAUACACACAUGCUAUAUAUGUGUGUGUGUGUACUUUCAUAGUCUUCUAUGUCACAUCUAGUCACUGUUCUUCCUAUGUCACAGCCCUUGUUUCACUUGUACAUGCACAGCAUUUUUGGACCACAUGUAUUUUGUUCCCAUGCUAUUUAUUUUGAGGCCAGAUGUCCAACUCUGUUUGCAUGAUCUAUAGCUUAUCUGAGGUUUCCGUGAUGGGCACUUUGUCACUAUGGAUUAGAGGUGAUUAGUAACUCACCACUGAUGUUGAUGCCACCUUUCUGACCACUAAUUACCAUAUCAAGAUGUGAAAACCUUUGAAGAGAUGGCAUUUCCCUGUUUGGUUACUUUCCUGAUUGGAACUCUUAUGAGUGAGGAUAGAAGAUCUGUAUUAGUGGUACAUCCUGAAUUCACUUCCCUGAGAAGUUUGAUUUGUUGAGUGUUGAUCCCUUGCAUCUCCAGAGACUUCAGCACAUCAUUCACUUUGAUGCUACGCAUCAAAGUGAAGGAAGUGCUAUAUAUAUAUAUAUAUUUAUAUAUAUAUAUAUAUAUAUAUA